AGAAGAAGCAGUCGCUCACAUGUUCUCGGCGCCGUGCUGAAGAUACACUGGAGUCACAAUGUCUGAGCAGGACUCCGACGCAGAGGAGGUUGUACUCGAACAGAUAGUGCUGCAGGACGCCGACACCGACAACUCACCCCCUCAGACAGAGGAGGAGGAGGAGGAGGAGGAGGAGGAGGUGGAGGAGGAGAAAGCGACGACAACGCCAAUAGCGGCAGUGGCUGCAGCGGCCAUGGCGGACGACUGUCCCGUCAUCAUCACUCAGCCGGGACUGGGGGUUACCACAACAACCGUCACCACCAUCACCCAGACGGGAGGGGACUGGAGCACGGGGAUGCUCAACGUGUGUGGAGACGGCACCACCUGUUUGAUGGGGGCGUUUGUACCGUGUUGUCUGGACUUCAGCUUGGCCCAUCAGUAUGGCGAGUGCCUGUGUCUGCCCAUGCUGCCCGGCUCCACUCUGGCCAUGCGAGUGGGCAUGAGGGAGCGCUUCAAAAUACGGGGGAGUGUGUGUGAGGACUGGGUGGCGGUGUGUAUGUGUUACCCUCUGGCUGUGUGUCAGAUGAUCCGUGAGAUGAAGAGGAGGACGAAGACUCAGAUUUACCAGGUGUCCACGGCGCUUGAGUCCUCCUGAGCCCACCGACGCGCGCGCAUCAAACUCAACGUCCUCCGUCACCAAACGGUCAUGAGUGGCUAUCCCAAGACCUGUUGUUAACGGAUGUGCAUGUGAGUGUUAUGGUAGAAAGGUGCACUUCCAUGGAAGAUUUACUACAUUUUUUCAUAAACCCGCUUUUCUGCUCUUAUAGAUUCUGCUGGAAAUUAGACAUCACUGGUUACUAUGCUAUAAAAUGAUUUUUUUUUUGGUUACGUUUGGUUACGUAGGCAUAUGGGGAGAAGAUAAAGCAGAAUUCUCCUUUUUGCUAAAAUAUCUGUCCUCUCUGUAGCUUGGAUAUGACUUUACAUGCAUAUUUUACCUGUUGGCGAACACAUUUUUUUUAUCAUACAUAUGAAUAAACAAUCAAUUCAU